GUCAACUGCGCAUGUGUCGUAUUGCCUUCACAACUUGCGGACUCGCAACUGGAAGAAGAUGAGGGCGCUGUGGUUAUUUGCUCUGGUUACUGUGCUGGGUCUGGUGGCAGGGGAGGAAGGGGCUCGUGUGCUGGCCUCCAAGUCCCUGCUGAACCGCUACGCUGUAGAGGGGAGAGAUCUCACCUUACAGUACAACAUCUACAAUGUGGGCACAAGUGCAGCAUUAGAGGUGGAGCUCUCUGACGACUCCUUCCCUCCUGAAGAUUUUGGCAUCGUCUCUGGAAUGCUGAAUGUCAAAUGGGACCGCAUUGCCCCCGCCAGUAAUGUUUCUCAUACCGUGGUGCUGCGCCCCCUUAAGGCAGGCUACUUUAACUUUACCUCGGCCACUGUCAGCUACCUGGCCCAAGAGGGAGGGCAGGUCGUGGUUGGCUAUACCAGUGCUCCUGGUCAGGGAGGUAUUCUGGCCCAGAGGGAGUUUGACAGGCGCUUCUCUCCACAUUAUCUGGACUGGGCUGCGUUUGGUGUGAUGACUCUCCCUUCUAUCGGCAUUCCCCUGCUCCUGUGGUACUCCAGCAAGAGGAAAUACGACUCGCCCAAGAGCAAGAAGAACUAACGAGGGCUUAAGCUCAGGAUAGGUUAAGGGACAUAAAACGGACCAAGAAAAACAGCGGGGGUGUUUGACAGGAUGUGAAUAUUACAGUAAUUUUAUUACCCAUAUUGGGGGUAAAAUGGCCAAUGAUACAAGUUAUGGGCAUGUCUGGUAGGACGCUGUUUCCUUGAUGGGGGUGUGUGUUUAUUUUUGUUGAAGAAACAGGACUGAUGCAUUAUGGGAUGGUAGUAUUAACAAUAAAGGUCUUGUAAUCUUCAUGACUAGCU